GUUCCGAGCCUAAGCCUAUAAGAAUAACUACAGAUUAUACCUUUUAUGAUUAAGGAGAUGUAACCUAAUAAUAAAAAAGCUACAUAAAAAAUUUUGUUGAUAUAUCCAAGCUUUAUUUCUAAAAACUUUUGAAAAUAUACCCAUUAAUUGGAAAUAACGUUUUUGAUUAAAUAUUUAAAGGAAUCUGUAUUGAUUUUGCAGUUCCUAUUAAUGAUUAAACAAUUGGAAUACCUGAUUCCGAUUUACACUUAUACGUCAUUUGGUUGCAAAUGCUGGAUUCUGUGCUUAUUCUAACAAUAGAUAAUUUAGACCUACUUUUGGAAGAAUUAAUUUUAAUUUAAUAAAUAUUAGAAAUUCUAUUAUUAAUAAAAAUACUUUUUAGGAUAAUUUACAAACAAUUAUUCAUGAAAUUUUACAUGUACUCGGUUUUUCAGGAAGCGCUAUGUAUUUUUGGAUAGAUCCUGAUACUAGAUAUAAUUAUGGAAAUAACUUUAAAACUAAAUUGUAAAAAACAAAAACUUAUAGAGGAAAAUAAACCACUCUUUUAACUUCCAAAAACGUAGUAGAAGUUACUAGAAAAUAUUAUAGUUGUCCAUCAGCUGAAGGAAUGUAACUUGAAAAUGAUUUCCCAUUGGGAAAGAACUGUUAUUUAUAAUGAAAUUAUGACUGGAACUAAAGCAUAUAUUACUAGUAGUGUCUUAUCGAUAUUUACAAUUGCUGCUUUGAAAGAUACAGGCUUUUACCCUGAAACAAAUGAGAACAUGGCCAAUAAUAUAUUCUGGGGAAAAGAAAAAGACUGCGAUUUCUUAGAAAACGCUUGCUAAAGUACAAUCGAAUAUCCUGAAUAACCUAAAAAAUAUGAGGAAUAAUAAUGUACAUUUGGAUACGAGGGAAUCGGUAUUGGAGUAUCUGAAUUAUACGCAGAAAAAUGUAAUUUAAUAUACUUCUAUAUUAAUAGAUUGUGUACAAAUCCUAAUAGUGUAAGUAGUGAAGAUGAUAAAAAUAUGAAUAUGAAAAAUUAUCGAAUUAUUCAACUCAAAGUAAAUGCUUCUAAUCUACAGCUAUAGAAUCCUAAUAUACAUAAUUUCGAGAUCAAUUCAGAUGUCAUUAAUUUAAAUGUUCCUCCGAUGCUUCGGAAAUAACUGUUAUUUUCUCAGAGAUCAAUUUAUAAGUUAUAUGUCGAAAAGGAGAAUAAAAUAUAAAAAAGGAUAUUGAUUCAAGUGGCUAAAAAGCUAAAGGUUAAAUCACAUGCCCUUAAGAUUAUGAAAGAUUAUGUAAUUAUACCCCUAUAUGUCUAAAUUUCUGUUCUGAAAAAGGAAUUUGUUUAAAAGGUCAAUGCAUCUGCUAAGAAGGGUUUGGAGGAGUUGAUUGUUCUUAAUACUUUAUUGACGGUAGUUGUGUAGAGGAAUGUCCUGAAGCUAGUUAUUAUUCUGAUAGAAUUAAAAAGUGUUUAAAAUGUAAUAAAGGAUGUUAAAAAUGUGAUUAUAUGGGUUGUAAUGAAUGUUAUGAUAAUUAAUAUCUUGAUUAUUUAACUAAAAAUUAUUUAAUAUGCGCUAAUAAAUAUCCUUAUUGUCAAUCAUGUGAUUAUUACUAGUGUAAUAAAUGUAUGGAGGGAUAUUAAUUGA